GGGGUCUUGGUGCACCACAAGUUGAACAUGAGUCGAGUGUGAUGCUGCAGCAAAAAAGGCCAAUUCGAAUCUAAGCUGCAUCAGUAAGAAUAGUGUCUAAGGAAGUCAUUACAUAAAUAUAUUCCCUGUGAAAGGGAUCUAGGUGUCUGUGGUCACCACAAGUUGAACAUGAGUCAAGUGUGAUGCUGCAGCAAAAAAGGCCAAUGCGAAUCUAAGCUGCAUCAGUGAGAGAAUAGUGUCUAAGGAAGUCAUUACAUAAGUGAAUAGUGUCUAAGGAAGUCAUUACAUAAAUAUAUUCCCUGUAAAAGGGAUGUAGGAGUCUUAGAGGAUUACAAGUUGAACAUGAGUUGAGUGUGAUGCUGCAGCAAAAAAGGCCAAUUCCAAUCUAAGCUACAUCAGGAAGUCAUUACAUAAAUAUAUUCCCUGUGAAAGGGAUCUAGGGGUCUGUGUGCACCACAAGGUGAACAUGAGUUGAGUGUGAUGCUGCAGCAAAAAAGGCCAAUGCAAAUCUAAACUGCAUCAGUAAGAGAAUAAUGUCUUAAGGAAGUCAUUACAUAAAUAUAUUCCCUGUGAAAGGGAUCUAGGGGUCUUGGUGCACCACAAGUUGAACAUGAGUGGAGUGUAAUGCUGCAGCAAAAAAGGCCAAUGCGAAUCUAGGUUGCAUUUGUAAGAGAAUAGUGUCUUAAGGAAGUUAUUACAUAAAUAUAUUCCCUGUGAAAGGGGUCUUGAUGCACCACAAGUUGAACAUGAGUCAAGUGUGAUGCUGCAGCAAAAAAGGCCAAUGCAAAUCUAGGCUGCCUUAGUAAGAGAAUAGUGUCUUAAGGAAGUUAUUACAUAAAUAAAUUCUCUGUGAAAGCGGUCUUGGUGCACCACAAGUUGAACAUGAGUCGAGUGUGAUGCUGCAGCAAAAAAGGCCAAUGCGAAUCAAGUCUGCAUUAGUAAGAGAAUAGUGUCUAAGGAAGUCAUUACAUAAAUAUAUUCCCUGUGAAAGGGAUCUAGGGGUCUUGGUGCACCACAAGCUGAACAUGAGCCAAGAGUGUGAAACAACACCAAAAAAGGCCAAUGUGAUUCUAGGCUGUAUCAAGAGGAGGAUAGUGUCCAGAUCAAGGGAGUUAAUAUAGGAUAUGACUUGAUAUUUGUACAUGCAAAGGAUCUAGGAGUCUUCGUGGACCACAAGUUGAACCAGAGCCAACUGUGUUUUUGCAGCAGCAAAAAAGACCAAUGUGAUUCUAGUCUGCAUCAAGAGGAGUCUAAUGUCCAGAACGAGGGGAUCAAUAGUCCCACUCUGUUCUGAUUAGUCAAGCCUCACCCGGAAUAACAAUAUCUUAUAAUAAUUAUAAUUACUAUUGUUAUAUUAAUAUAUAUUAUAAUACAGUAUAGUAUUAUAAGUUGAACAUGAGCCAGGACUGUGAUGCAGCGGUCCAAAAAGCCAAUGUGGUUCUAGGCUACACUUAUAGGAGUUUAAGAAAGUUAUUAAAUCUAAAAAUCUAUAAAGGGAUUUAGGCGUCUUAGUAGAGCACAAGUUGCACAUGAGCCGAGAGUGUGAUGCGGCAGCUAAAAAGGCCGAUGUGAUUCCAAAGGCCGCAUCUCUUCAAACUGGUUUCUAAAUGCUUCUGCAUCUGAGCUUGAGCCCAAUGUUUAUAGUGAGCAAUGAAAGGGCUCUGAGUCGGAAUUCGGGUCCACUUUGCUGGGCUGGAUCUAGGUUUGAAUCCCUCCAACUGGAAUGAGACCUUGCCAUGAAAGCAUUUUAAACCUCAAAUUAGACACGGUUUGAGUCACAUUCCUGUUCUCCCCCCCCCCUUUUUUUUUUGUUCCCACUGAUGAGGUUUAUUGCCAUGGCAACCCAGCAGGAGUGGGUGCCAACAUGCCCCCCUAAAAGAAGAAAACAAGGGUUCCUUUAUGUGGACUCCAAUCCGAGAGUCCAGUCCGGGUUUAAAGGGAGCCUUCCAAAGCCCUGAAUCCACUUCAAAGUGCACUUCAAAGAGGUCUUUUAAAGCCCUGCAAAACCCGGUGUGGAUUUCUGGUCCACUGGAUCUGGAUUGAGGAACAAUUUUUUGGUUUUUUUCAGUCCCAAAAAGGUGGAUUGUGGGGUUUGUAGUCACCAAAAGAUGGGGAUAAUGGGAGUUGUAGUCUGUAGAUUCUGGUUUAGGUGGAUUGGGGGAUUUAGGGUCCCCAAAGGGCGGAAAUCUAGGGAUUGUGGGGUUUUAUAGUCCCAAAAAGGUGGAUUGUGGGAUCUGUAGUCCCCAAAGGAGUGGAUAAUGGGAGUUGUAGUUCAUGGGGUCCUGGUAUUGGGGGGAUUGUGGGAUUUAGGGUCCCUAAAGGGUGGAAAUCUAAGGCAAAUUGUGGGGUUUUAUAGUCCCAAAAAGGUGGAUUGUGGGAUUUGUAGUCCCCAAAGGAGUGGAUAAUGGGAGUUGUAGUUCAUGUGUCCUGGUAUUGGGGGGAUUGUGGGAUUUAGGGUCCCCAAAGGGUGGAAAUCUAAGGCAGAUUGUGGGGUUUUAUAGUCCCAAAAAGGUGGAUUAUGGGGUUUGUAGUCCCAAAGGUGGGGGAUAAUGGGAACUGUAGUUCAUGGGUCUUGGUUAGGAUGGAUUGUGGGGUCUGGGGUCCUCAAAGGGUGGAAAUCUAAGGGGAUUGUGGGGUUUUAUAGUCCCCAAAAAGUCUUAUAGUCCCAAAAACGUCGAUUGUGGGAUUUGCAGUCCCCAAAGGAGGGGGAUAAUGGGAACUGUAGUCCAUGGGUCCUGGUUAGGGUGGAUUGUGGGGUUUGGGAUCCCCAAAGGGUGGAAAUAUAAGGUGUAUUGUGGGGCUUUAUAGUCCCAAAAAGGAUUUAUAGUCCCAAAAAGGUGGAUUGUGGGGUUUGUAAUCCCCAAAGGAGGGUGAUAAUGGGAAUUGUAGUCCAUGGGUUCUGGUUUGGGGGGAUUGUGAGGUUUAGGGUCUCCAAAAGGGUGGAAUCAAGGGCAGAUUGUGGGGUUUUAUAGUCCCCAAAAAGUCUUAUAGUCCCAAAAAGGUGGAUUGUGGGGUUUGUAGUCCCCAAAGGAGGGGGGUAAUGGGAGUUGUAGUCCAUGGGUCCUGGUUAGGAUGGAUUGUGGGGUUUGGGGUUCCCAAAGAGUGGAGAUCUAAGGCAGAUGGUGGGGUUUUAUAGUCCCAAAAAGGUGGAUUGUGGGGUUUGUAGUCCCAAAAAUGUGGAUUGUGGGGUUUUAUAGUCCCCAAAAGGUGGAUAAUGGGAACUGUAGUCCAUGGGUGGAUUGUGGGGUUUGGGGUCCCCAAAGAGUGGAAAUCUAAGGUGGAUUGUGGGGCUUUACAGUCCCAAAAGGGUUUUAUAGUCCCAAAAAGGUGGAUUGUGGGAUUUGUAGUCCCCAAAGGAGUGGAUAAUGGGAGUUGUAGUCCAUGGGCUCUGGUUUGGGUGGAUUGUGGGGUUUUAUAGUCCCAAAAAGGUGGAUUAUGGGGUUUGUAGUCCCCAAAGGAGGGGGAUAAUGGGAACUGUAGUCCAUGGGUCCUGGUUAGGGUGGAUUGUGGGGUUUGGGGUUUCCAAAGAGUGGAAAUCUAAGGCAGAUGGUGGGGUUUUAUAGUCCCAAAAAGGUGGAUUGUGGGGUUUGGAGUCCCAGAAGGUGGACUUCUGGGAGCUGGAGUCAAAGUACAAGGUGGAAUAAGGGAGUGGACGCCGGAAAGAGGUGGAACAUGGGAGUUGUAGUCCCAAAAAUGUGGGAUUGGAGAGCCCUCUAAAAGGUGGAUCCUGGAUGCCCUGCAAGGCAAUCAGGCAAGGCAAUGGGCCAAUCCUCGGCGGAGGCGUUGCUGGGCUGCAGUUCCCUGGCGCGGCCUGAAGAGGGCGCUGCCAGGCGGCGGUGCGGACGCUGGAAUCUUCCGCGCUGGACCCGGCGCAGGUGCGGAUGGGAAGGAGGAGGAAAAGGGGGAAAAAGGAGGAGAAGGGAGCCGCCUUUGCCGCAGCAGCAGAAGGAGGAGGAGGAGGAGGAGGAGCAGCAGCUUGAGAUGGAGCCGAGGGGUCAGACGGGGCCAGUGUUGCCUGUGUAUAAACCAUCCGUCCCCCAGACAGGCCUGGUUUUGGGCUGAGAUGACGACGACGAUGUGAGGGAGCAGAGAGCGGACUCUAAGAUGACCCGAACGGACCCUCCUGACAUCCUGGUCUCGACGGUGUGUCCGGAUAUCCGCGUCUCCGCGACCGCCCCCUCCCUCCCCGCCGCCUCUGCCGGCCGGCCCUCCAGGCCAUGCGAGACCCCCAUGUCGUCCUUCCGGCAAACCCAGGAGCCCCAGCCCUUUAACAAACGCCACUGCCGCAGCUUCGACUUCUUGGAGUCCCUCGACGGCGACGGCGACGUGGUCCCAGCCGCCUCUCCGGCCAUGGAGCGCCUCUUCCGCAGGGCCCCCACGCCGGAGCCCUCCUCCGCCCCCGCCGCCCGGAAGCCGUCCACAAAGGCCGCUCUGAUGGAGGAGUACUCGGCCAGCAAGGCCCACUCCCGAGGGAGGGAGCCCCCCAAGGAGCAGGCCCUGCGGCCGACGGAGGCCAAGCGCCGGCCCCGCUCCAAGAGCGCCCCCCGCUCCAAGCCCUCCUUCGCCCCGGUGGCCGUGCCCCUAACGGCCACCCAGUCCCCGCCGGCCCCAGUCCGGAGAGGCCGCGAGGCCCACCGGACGCCCCAAGAAGAGGCCUCUCCGCCCCGGAGAGAGGCUGGCUACACCUCCAUGAAGGCCCUCAUGAGCGAGGUGCACCCCAUCAAGCUCCAGCCCCAGCGCAGUAGCCGAGCGGGUGGCGGAGGGAGCCGCAUCUCCCCGCUCUGCGUCUCUGGUGCCAACUGCUAUGAGGAGGCCCCCCAAGCUCCCCUGCCCCCCGCUGUCCACGUCAAGCGGCGGAUGGACAUCAAGCCGGAUGAGGCCACUGUCCUGCACGCCGCCCGCACUGCCACUGCCGCCAAGCCCAGUUAUGGGGAGGCCCCUUUGGCCUGGCCGCUGCGCCCAGCGUCCACUGCCCACCAAAGCCUCACCGUGCCCAGCAGCCGGCAGGUGUCCAUGUCCCGGACCCCAACUCCCAGUGACACCUACAGCGGGGACCACCGGAUGCUGCCCCCGUUCCCUGCUGACCACUUCUAUGACGGGAUCCCCGUUCCGCCGGAAGCGGGUUCCGUGCCCUACGCCCCUUACGUGCCAACCAAGUUCUUCUACACUGAGGAGUCCACCGGCGGUGGAGGCAGUUUCCCACUGAAGGGCUCUGGCUAUGAGGGGUAUGCACCCCAUUACGGGCCCCCCGUCCUCCCUCCGCCCCAGGCGAUUUACGCAGAGGAGCCCCCUUUGCAGAGCAGCUUUCACCCCAUUCCGGGAAGAAGGUUCUUUAUGGAGGACGGCCGAGCGCAUUACCCAGUCCAAGAGGCCCCUGCUCGCAGCUACUACGGCGAUGACCCCCGCUUCUACCCCUCCCGGACGGUCCCCGUGAACACCGUUUAUGCCGAGGACCCCCGGGCCUUUCCCGCCGUGGCAUCCAGCCCCCGGGUCUUCUACGCAGAGGACUACGGGAAAUACCAUGAGCGGGAAGCCAUGUCCCGGACCUACCCACAUCCCCGGAGCGCCCCCCACGUCAGCGAAUGGUAUUACCCCGACCGGGGGGUCGCCCUGCCCUAUCAGACGUGGCAGGUGUCCCGCAUGCCUCCACAGCCACCCCCGGCACCAAACCCGCCCACCAUGCUGUCCUCGUGGCAUGCUGGCUACAGUGUUGGUCCCACUCCCCGGCUGGGCACAGACGCGCAGCGGCACUACUCCAAGUCGUGGGACAACAUCCUGGCGCCUCAUGCACGCCGGGAGGACCCCCUCGCGCGUGGGCGCAGCUAUGAGAACCUCCUGGCCCGUGACCCGCACCGUGCCUUGUCCCCUGACGACCGCCGCCCACCCGUCGUGGUCAAUCUCUCCAGCUCGCCCAAGCGCUACGCCGCCCUCUCGCUGUCAGAGAACUCCCUCCUGGAGAAGAUGCACGGUCCGGAUGGCGUCAGUGUCGGGCGCCAUGGGUGGUUCGUCACCCCGGAGAUCACCAUCACAGACAACGACAUCCGUGCCGGCAACGGGUUCUGCAAGGGUGACCGGCGCUCGGCCAGCUGGGAUGUCCUGGAUUCAGGGGAGGGGCGGGAGAGGGGCUGCGGCCCGACGUGGCCGUACGUCUUGGACCCCGGGGCCAAAGAGAGCGCCACCCGGCAGCGCAGCCUGGAGCAGCUGGACGAGCUGAUCACCGACCUGGUCAUCGACUACAAGCCUCCCUCUCUCUGCCCGUCCAGCGAGGUGAGCAACCUGGCGGAACAGCUCCGGAAGCUGAUCAGCGACAGCUUGGCCUUGCCACCGAAGAAGCCGGAGUCGUGGAAAGCGCCAGAGCCGCUGCCCACCAAGGAGCAGCCGGGGCGGAGUGCCUUCCACGCGGAAUUGCGCAAGGACCAGGGCCGGUGGCCGGCGGACGCCUUCGAGAGGCCUGCCAACCCGUCUGCGGCGGACGUUUCGCCGGAGCUGAGCCCCGACGAGGACGAGGGCGACGAGGACGAGGGCGGCAACGUGAUGAUGUGCUCCAACGCCAAGUGCCGCCGGACGGAGACCAUGUUCAACGCCUGCCUGUACUUCAAGUCCUGCCACAGCUGCUACACCUACUACUGCUCCCGGCACUGCCGCCGCGAGGACUGGGACACCCACAAGGAGAGCUGCGUCUACGGCCGGGUGGGCAGCACCUGCCGCCACGUGCUGCAGUUCUGCCGGGAGAGCGCCGCCGUGCACAAGGCCUUCUCCCGCGUGGCCAAGGUGGGCUUCCUCUCCCGGGGCCGCGGGGUCCUCUUCCUGGGCUUCCCCAGCGCCGGCUCGGCCGAGAACUUCCUCCAGUUCGGCCUGGAGAGCCUCCUCAUGUCGCCCACCUACCUGUCCCUGCGGGAGCUGGAGGGCUACUCGGACAACCUGGGGGACUACGCGCGGGAGCUGCGGGAGGCCGGCCAGCGCUACGACCCCGAGGAGUGCUUCCUGCUGAACGUGACUGUGGCCGUGGGGCAGGGCCUGCCCGAGGGGCCCUCCCCGAAGGCCCCGGUGCCCACCGUCCGCAAGUUCGCCAAGGUGGCCCUGGCCUCCUCCGCCAGCCCCGAGAGGGCCCAGGGGGGCGCCCCACCCCGCCGGAAGGACGCCAUGGAGACCCUGAUCCUGACCCCGCCCCCUGGGACGGCCGACCUGGACCAGGAGGGCGAGGAGGGGCGCAAGGCCCGGCAGGUCUGCUUCAUCCACAUCCAGCGCGAGCUGCGCACCCGCGGGGUCUUCCUGCGCCACGAGUUCCCCGCCGUCUACGAGCGGCUCUGCGCCUUCGUGGAGGGCGGCCGGCGCUUCACCCCCACCACCAUCUACCCCCUGGACAAGCGGACCGGCAAGCCCUUCAUGUGCAUGAUCAUGGCCGCCUCCGAGCCCCGCACCCUGGACUGGGUGGCCAGCCCCCACCUCCUGGACGACCUCAUGUGACCCCGGCACCCCCCCCAUCGCCGCCCCCCCCCCACCACCAUACCCGCCCUGCCGCUUUUCUCCUCCUGGAUUUCUUCUCUCCCUUCCUGCUUCCCUCCCUCUCCUUUCUUCCUUCCUUCCUCCUUUCUCUUCCUCAUCUUCCUCCAUCUUCGUUUGUUCCUUUUCCCUUCCUUCUUUCCUUCCUUCCCUCUUUCUUUCCUCCUUCCUUCCUUCCUUCCUUCCUUCCUUCCUUCCUUCCUUGCUUCCUUCCUUCCUUCCUUCUUUCUCUUCCUUAUCUUCCUCCCUCCAUCUUCAUUUGUUCGUUUUCUCUCCUUUCUUUAUUCCUUCCUUCUUUCCUUCUUCCUUCUCACAUCCAUCUUCCUCCAUCUUCAUUUGUUCCUUUUCCUCUUCCUUCCUUUCUUUCCUUCUUCCUUCUUUCCUUCCUUCCUUCUUUCUCUUCCUCAUCUUCCUCCCUCCAUCUUCGUUUGUUCCUUUUCCCUCCCUUCCUUCUUUCCUUCCUUCUUUCCUUCCUUUCUUUCUUCCCUCUUUCCUUCCUUCCUUCUUUCCUUCCUUCCUUCCUUCCUUCCUUCUUUCUCUUCCUCAUCUUCCUCCAUCUUCAUUUGUUCCUUUUCUUUUCCUUCCUUCCUUCCUUCCUUCCUUCCUUCCUUCCUUCCUUCCUUCCUUCCCACAUGUGGAAACAUUCAGAUUUUCUUCCCUCCUCCUCCUCUCUUCCUCUCCUUUGCUUCUUUCUUUUUUUCCGCCUCUUUUUUUCUUUUCUUUUCUUUUCUUUUUCUCUUCCUUCCUUCCUCCCUCCCUCCCUCCCUUCCUUCCUUCCUUCCUUCCUUCCUUCCUUCCUUCCUUCCUUCCUUCUUCGUUCUCCCUUCCAUCUCACUUGGAAACAUAUUUAGAUUCCUUCUUUUCUUUCUUUCCCUCCCCUCCCCUCCCCUUCCUUCCUUCCUUCCUUUCUUCCUUCGUUCCCUUCAAUCCCAUAUUGACAUUCCUUCCUUCUUUCCUUCCUCUUCCUCCCCUCCUUCCCUUCCUUCUCUUCCUUCCUUCCCACGUGUGGAAACAUUCAGAUUUUUUUCUUCCCUUCUCCUCCUCCUCUUCUCUUCCUCUCCUUUGCUUCUUUCUUUUUUUCCGCCUCUUGUCCAUCCCACCUGGAGACAUAUGAUUGGCAUGUUUCACAUCGUCUUUAAUGGAGCUCCAAUGCCUCCAAGGGCUUAGGGAUGGAAGGGCGAUCUAGUCCACUGGCAUCAAUAGUGUAGGUUUUGGCCCUCGAGACUAUAAUGGUGCUACCUCUCUCUCUGGACUGGGCCAGGGAUGGGAUUGUUUGCUUGACCGUGGCCCGAAGCUGAGGCUUCUGGGAGUUGUAGUCCUGGCCCAGGAACCCCUUUGGCUUUCCCUCUGGAGAGCUGGGGCUUCCGGCCAAACGGUGAUUGAAUGUCAAUCCUCCAUCUUCAAAGGCAGUCUACCAUACAACACAAAGGGGCCAUUUAUGGGACUACAGAUCCCAUGCUGCUGGGAGUUGAAGUUUGACAAGGGUGAAACAAAAAGAGAGGCAUUUUCGGAUGGCUUGGCCAGUAGGGAGAAAUGAAAGAGUGAUGAUGAUGAUGAUGAUUAUUAUUAUUUUAUUGUAUGACACAGCAAACAUGAUAGAUAUGCUGGAUUUCGUAUCACAAAAUCACAAGUCGAGCACUUCCCAAGUGUCUAGGACUUAUUAUUAUAGUAGAGUCUCACUUAUCCAACAUACACGGGCCAGCAGAAUGUUGGAUAAGCGAAUAUGUUGGAUAAUAAGGAGGGAUUAAGGAAAAGCCUAUUAAACAUCAAAUUAGGUUAUGAUUUUACAAAUAAAGCACCAAAACAUUAUGUUAGACAACAAAUUUGACAGAAAAAGUAGUAUUCUACUACUUUGUAGUAAUUACUGUAUUUACGAAUUUAGCACCAAAAUAUCACGCUGUAUUGAAAACAUUGACUACAAAAAUGCGUUGGAUAAUCCAGAACGUUGGAUAAGUGAAUGUUGGAUAAGUGAGACUCUACUGUAUUAUUAUUAUAUUGUAUGGCACAGCAAACAAGAUACAGUAGAGUCUCACUUAUCCAAGCUAAACAGGCAGGCAGAAGCUUGGAUAAGCGAAUAUCUUGGAUAAUAAGGAAAAGCCUAUUCAACAUUAAAUUAGGUUAUGAUUUUACAAAUUAAGCACAAAAACAUCAUGUUAUACAACAAAUUUGACAGAAAAAGUAGUUCAAUACGCAGUAAUGUUAUGUAGUAAUCACUGUAUUUACGAAUUUAGCACCAAAAUAUCACGAUGUAUUGAAAACCUUGACUACAAAAAUGUGUUGGAUAAUCCAGAAUGUUGGAUAAGUGAAUGUUGGAUAAGUGAGACUCUAUUAUUAUUAUUAUUAUAUUGUAUGGCACAGCAAACAAGAUACAGUAGAGUUUCACUUAUCCAAGCUAAACAGGCCGGCAGAAGCUUGGAUAAGUGAAUAUCUUGGAUAAUAAGGAGGGAUGAAGGAAAAGCCUAUUAAACAUCAAGUUAGAUUAUGAUUUUUACAAAUGAAGCACCAAAACAUCAUGUUAGACAACAAAUUUGACAGAAAAAGUAGUUCAAUAUGCGGUAAUGCUAUGUAGUAAUUACUGUAUUUAUGAAUUCAGCACCAAAAUAUCACGAUGUAUUGAAAACAUUGACUACAAAAAGCGUUGGAUAAUCCAGAACAUUGGAUAAGUGAAUGUUGGAUAAAUGGGACUCUACUGUAUUAUUAUUAUAUUGUAUGGCACAGCAAACAAGGCAGAUAUGCAGGAUUUCGUAUCACAAAAUCACAGUCAAACACUUCCCAAGUGUCUAGGACUUAUUAUUAUUAUUUCAUUAUGACACAGCAAACAAGAUAGAUAUGCUGGAUUUCGUAUCACAAAAUCACAGUCAAGUUUCUAGGACUGUGUGAUGUAUUUUCGGAUGAUGCGCGCAGAUCCCAGUAGGGUGGCCUUUUGCAGUUGGCAGAUCGUAAUUUUGUCAAUGUCUAUUGUUUCCAAAUGCCGGCUGAGAUCUUUUGGCACGGCACCCAAUUAUUAUUAUUAUUAUUAUUAUUAUUGACACAACGACAUAGUCUGACACAGCAAACAAGAUAGAUAUGCUGGAUUUCGUAUCACAAAAUCACAAGUCGAACACUUCCCAAGUUUCUAGGACUGUGUGAUGUAUUUUCGGAUGAUGCGCCCAGAUCCCAGUAGGGUGCACCUUUUGCAGUUGUUGUUGUUGUUAUUAUUAUUGUUUUUGGGGAGUCUUUCCUUGCCAAGGAAAGCAGCCAAAAGCCUAGGGUUUUGAAGGAAAGGAGCAAUACAUAAUGACAUCUUCCCUGCUCCUCUUUAUCAAGGAGGUAUCUACACUGGAGAGUUAACCCAGUUUGGCCCCACUUUGUCACUGCCAUGCACUCUUUUUGAGCCAGACCUUGCAAAACUCCAUCUCCCAUAUUGCUGAGUUGGCGGGAUCCAGAUCAAGGGAUGGUGAAAGAAAAGAUGGGGAUGGGGUUGCCAUGGAAACGCCGCGGAUGGGGUUGCCGUGGAAACGUGGAGCAUCCUCCCUCCCUCGUGGACCGGAGUGAUGCAAGCAGGGUGUGUUUUGUCCAUUCAGGCCAUGGAAAUGCCAUAAUUUUGGGGCCAAACAACAAUGAAAGUUUAAUCUAUAUAUAUAAAAGGGUAAUGGAAUCACGGCACCGGACAAAACAACUAAACUAAACGCCCCACAACCUCGAAAAUUGACAGCACAACCUCUCAUCUACGCCUCUACAUUCAUACAACAAAAAGAAAAGAAAAAUUAAGUCCUAGCCAAAGCAAUGUGUGGCUGGGCACAGCUAGUAAUAUAUAUAUAUACUAGCUGUGCCCGGACACGCGUUGCUGUGGCAAAGUGGUGGUGGAUUGUUGUGGAUUUUUAUUUGAUGUUAUUUUUAUUUUUUAAUUAAUUUUAUUGUAAGUUAUCUUUUUAUUAUAUUUUAUUAUUUUAUUGUAUUAUUUUUAGUUAUUUUCUGUUAUGAUCGUAUUUUAUUGUAUUAAUUUUUUAGUGUGUUUAAUUCUUUCUUAGUGUUUUUUAUUAUUUUUUAUUGGGUUGCUAGGAGACCAAGUGGGCAGAGCUUAGCCCUCUAACUGGCAGCAAUUGGAUAAACACAAUUAUUCCUCUCCCUCUAAUUAGGACUUUAUUUUUCUUUUCUUUUUGUUUUAUCAACCUAGAGCCGUGGAUGAUGGGUUGUGUUGUCAAAUUUCAAGGUUGGGGGGCCUCUAGUUUUGUUGUUUUGUCCGGUGCCCUGAUUCCAUCACUCUUUUAUAUAUGUAGAUUAGAGAGAGAGAGUGGGGGUGAUGGGAGUUGUAGUCCACCCAUGUUGAUGUAUGCCCCUCUUUCCUCUCUCAAAGCGGGAGCUGCCUCUCCUGGAUCAAGUCCGUCUCUGCCCAGACUCGCCUUUGUUUGGUCCGCCCGCCCUUGGAAAACUGCACAUCCCGGCACUCAAGGGCUCCCCGUUUUAACUUGGUCGGCUGCCUGGGAACAUACGGAGGCUUCAUUAACACGAUUGGAAGGAUGGUUGCGAUGUCUAGUGGGGAUGAUGGGAGUUGUAGGCAGUCCUCUCUCCAAAAAGGUUGCUUUUAAUAGAUGCCUGUUCGUCACAAUUGUUGGGGUGGGAUGGAUAAAAGGGGUGGGUGGGGGUGGCCUGCAUGGGCAAGGUAUGCAUGCGUGACAUUGGGGUGUAUGUGUGUGCGUGUGUGAUGUUAUGCCUGCGAAGGGGGUCAGGCUACAUGACCUUCGAGGGGCUCUUGGUUGCUGAAGUUGGAAAGUUUCCUUUCUCAUAAUAUAUAAAAUACUAGCUGUGCCCGGCCACGCUUUGCUGUGGCAAAGUAUGGUGGUAUGGGAAAUAAAGUAUUGAGGAAUUGGUGGUAGUUAAGGUAAAGGGUCCCCUGGGCUGAGUGGGUUGCUAGGAGACCAAGUGAGCGGAGCUUAGCCUUCUAACUGGCAGCAACUGGAUAAAAACAAUUAUUCCUCUCCCUCUAAUUAGGAAUUUAUUUUUCUUUUCUUUUUGUUGUAUCAACCUAGCGGCAUGGAUGAGGGAUUGUGAUGUCAAUUUUCGAGGUUGUGGGGUGUUUACUUUUGUUGUUUAGUCCGCUGCCAUGAUGCCAUCACUCUUUUAUAUAUAUAGAUAUAAUAUUAUAUAUUGUUAUAUAUUUUUUAUUAUAUAAUCUAUAUAUAUAAAAGAGUGAUGGCAUCACGGCGACCCACAAAACAACAAAACUACAGGCCCCCCAACCUCUAAAUUUGACAACACAACCCAUCAUCCACGCCUCUAGGUUGAUACAACAAAAAGAAAAGAAAAAUAAAGUCCUAAUUAGAGAGAGAGAGGAAUAAUUGCUUUUAUCCAAUUGCUGCCAGUUAGAAGGCUAAGCUCCUCCAACGUGGUCUCCUAGCAACCCAAUAAAAAAUAAUUAAAAACACUAAAAAUUAAUACAAUAAAAUACUAAUACAGAAAAUAACUAAAAAUAAUACAAGAAAAUAAUAAAAUAUAAUAAAAAGAUAACUUACAAUAAAAUUUAUAAAAAAAUACAAAUAACAUCAAAUAAAAAUUACACAAUUUUUAACCAAUACCACCACAACUUUGCCACAGCAACACGUGGCUGGGCACAGCAAGUAUUAUAUAUUUAUUGUUAGCUCCUGGAGAAUGAUAAUGGAGACCAGGGUUCGAAUCGUCAACAUUAAUACCUUGGGGCAAGUCACACUGUCUCAGCCCCAGAGGAAGGCAAGGGCAAUAGCUACCAAUAUCUUGCCAAGAGGGAAUUGGUUCGUCUUAGGGCCAUUUUCCUCUCCCUGGAGUCUAGUUUUGUCCCCUUUUCUUCAGGGGGACAUUCUGGGAAUUGUAGGGCCGGAAGCAACUUGAGAACAUACCGCAAGUGGCUUCUGGUGCGAGAGAAUUGGCUGUCUACAGAGACGUUGCCCGUGGGACAUUGCCCGGAUGUGUUAUCUUUCUGAGAGGCUUCUCUCAUGUCUCCCCGCAAGCUAGAGCUGACAGGUGGGAGCUCAGCCCAUCUCGUGGCUUCGCGGUCAGCAACCCAACCUUCAGGUCAGCAGUCCAGCCGGCACAAGGGUCACCGUGGCCAGAACAUGAACACCCCAAGCCCUGGCCUCCCUUUGCCAUUGUAAUGAAUUGCACAUUUGAGAGCACUUCUGCAUGGUCUUGCACUGAGUUAGUUCCCAUCCGACUUCGGAUCCAAUUUGUAGCAGUGAAAGGAAGCGGGAAAUGAAAGAGAGAGAGAGAACGGGGCAUAUUAUCGGUAACUUCUGGGAGUUGUAGUCUUUGAUUAAAUGUCGUAGUUGUCAAUUUAUUUGGUUGGCAUCUCACGAAAUGUGGCCAAUGGGGGAAACAUUAGGACAGGUUAGGGUUAAUGAGACUCUUUUUUAGUCCUUUAUUAUUAGGGUUGUUGUUCAUUUCCCGGGCUGUUUGGCCAUGUCCCAGAAGCAUUCUCUUCUGACGUUUCGCCCACAUCUAUGGCAGACAGAGGUUGUGAGGUCUGUUGGAAACUAGGCAAAUGGGGUUUAUAUAUAUAUCUGUGGAAUAAUGUCCAAGGUGGGAGAAACAGGGGAAUUCCAGGCAGGAAACUAUCAGGGCCAGCUAACACCUCCCAACAAAAGGUUUUGAGAUAUAAAAUUCCAUGAUUAAUACGUUAGGAAGAGAAUUAAUUGGGAUUAUUAUCACUGCCAAAUGGGGACUUUUGGGGACUUUGAAGCCAAAAGGAGGGUUUUCCUUUUCCCCACUUUCUUCCUUCUCCAGGAUCCAAACCCUUCAUUAUUAUUGUUGUUAUUGUUAUUAUUAUUAUUAUUAUUGGCUGACACUUGUGCCCUUCUUCCCCCAGGAAUGGUUUCUUGGCCGAAUGCAUGCUUGGUAUGUUUCCUUUAUUAUUAUUAUUACUAUUAUUAUUAUCUAUUUUUUAAUAAAACGAACACAAAAUAGAGAGAAAAAAAUAUCAAAUGAUAAUGAAUAUACCGUAUCGCUGUGGACGGCUUCCACAAGGGCGAAAUAUGAAAUCUAUACAUAGAGAUAAUAUAUAUAUUAUAUAUAUAUGAUAUAAUAUAUAUAAUUGAGAAAAAAGAGAUAUUUCCUUUGAAUAAAUAUGAAAAUAUAUAA